AUGAACUACACAAAUUAUUUGUACGACCCUAAUCAAGGUUUGGAGUCUGCCUUUUCCAACUUAACAUUCAAUAAUAAUAAUAAUCAGCCAUUUGCCCACCCACCGUUUAUCAACAGUAACAAAACUGAUACUAAGGAGAAUAGACCUGAUAAAGUAGCACCAUACACAACCAUACCGAAUAAUACCCAUCUGCAGCAGCAGCAACACCAAUUCAAUCAAUUAAAUGCGACGGAUCAGAAUUAUCCAACAUCAUAUGCUUUUCGUAGUACGCCUAACUACGGUGGAAUGAACAGCAGUAACAAUAAUUAUUGGAAUUCUAAUAAUAUCAGUCAACAAGGAGGUAACAUAAUAAGACAGAAAACAAAGCAGUUUGACAAGGACCCAUCGAAUCAAAGGAAUUCAAGUCUCGAAGAACAGAAGUCAUUAGAAUCUUUGAAGGAGAAAUUAUCAAUUAAGGAUAUACAAGUAGGGAAAUUAGAUGAUGAAAUUCAACAUUUAAAAAGCCUUUUAGGCCAUACCAUCACAUAUAACGAUAAAAUAAAUGAAUCAUGCACGGACGAUUCUAGUUCAGGCGAUACGUUUAUUAGUGCAAAUUUGGAAAAAAAGACAAAGGAGCUUGUUGAGAAAAUAUGCAUUAAAGAUAGGGAAUUAAAAGAGUUAAAUGACAAAUACGAAGAAUUAUACUUAAAAGUAACAAUGUCGACAAGCUCAAAUUCAAUAACUAAGAAUGGACGAUAUGAUGUAGAAACUAUGAUGCAUAAAAUGAUAAUCCGAUUUGAAACAUUGAGUAAGGAAAAUGAUGAUAUGGCAAGAAUGUUGUCCUACGGAAGGUCUAAAGAGAUAGAUGUUGAGUUGUUAUUACUUGAUAUGGAAAAUGCCGAGUUACGAGAGAAGAUUCAAGGUUAG